GAAUGGCGAACCACAAAGGAAUUGAUGGAUCAAAGCGCGUCCGCUGCGCACCCUUACGAGUGCAGUGGACAAAAGAACUAAUGUUUAAAGUUAUUGAUGCUAUGAAGGAGGAACAACUGCUGUGGAACCCCAAGCACGCGGACUUCAAUCAUCGUUCCAAGAAAAUGGCAGCGUACAAACGAGUUGCUGCCCAACUACAGCUACCAAUGGAUGCGGUGCGGUAUAAAUGGGAUGUGCUGAAAGGUUCAUUCCAUAAAAACCGCCGAACGCUAGAAAACCAGCCGGCAAGUACGAUACGAUGGUUUGCCUUCAAGAGGCUAUCGUUUUUGGCUCCUGCUGGAGAGGUUUGCGAAGCUUCGGAUGUAACGAACAUCAAGAGCGAGCUCUCCCUCUAG